CACACACACACACACACACACACACACACACACACACACACACACACUUACAUAAAAUGAGCAUCCAAUCCCCGCGUCACCAAGAGAAUCAACUCUUCCAAGGAUUGGCGAUCUGCCUGUUUGGCUCUUUGCACAACACCUGCAGCUGCAGCGCCAUGCUUUUCAUAGUGGACCUGCUGCUAAUGCUCAUUGACCUGACCUACUCCAUCCUCUGCGCCGUCCUCCAGACUUUCCUCCGGCCGAGGCAGAAGUGUAUCGAUGGAGAGCUCUGUCUGAUAACGGGGGCCGGGGGCGCGCUGGGCCGGCUCUUCGCCCUGGAGUUCGCCAAAGAGGGGUCCCACUUGGUGCUGUGGGACUGCAACACGGCCGCCAACGAGCGAACCGCGGCUCUGGCGCGGCAGCUGGGAGUUCGGGUGCACGCGUACACGGUGGACCUGUCCAAGCGCCAGAGUAUCUAUGAAACGGCUGACAGGGUGAGGGCCGAGGUCGGAGACGUCUCCGUGCUGGUCAACAACGCGGGCGUGGUGGCCGGCCGGCGGCUGCUGGACUGUCCCGACGAGCUGCUGGAGAGGACUCUGCUGGUGAACUGUCACGCGUUGUUUUGGAUGACAAAGGCUUUCCUGCCACGGAUGAAAGCAAAGAACCAUGGUCACAUUGUAACCAUUGCCAGCGCUCUCGGACUGUUCAGCACCGCAUGUGUAGAGGAUUACUGCGCCAGUAAAUUUGGAGCCGUUGGUUUCCACGAGUCACUGACACACGAGCUGCUUGCAGAGAAAGUCGACGGCAUCAAGACCACUUUGGUCUGCCCUUACAUCGUAGACACCGGCAUGUUUGAAGGCUGCCAAAUCAGGAAGGAGCUUCGGGGUCUGAUUCCGCCUCUGGACCCUCUCUACACCGUACAGCAGUCAAUGAAAGCCAUUCUAGCUGACCAGCAAAUGAUCUGCAUCCCUCGUCUCAUGUACAUCCCCUUCCUGACGCGAGCAUUACUUCCUUGGGAGGCAAACGUGGCAACAUAUCGCUUCAUGGGAGGUGACAAAUGCAUGCUGCCCUUCAUUAAAAAUGUUGAACUGAAGACCUCAAAUGGACACAUCAAAGCCUAAGACCUCGCUGUCAAUCGUGUCCUUCAACUUCAUGUACCAAUGAGACACCAAAGACUCAGUGUAUCAUCUUAACAUAGGAAUUUGUAAUGUGGAGGUGCAGCAGGUUGGUUGGUUGGUUAGUUAGUUAGUUAGAACCAUAACUGGAUGGGAAGGGCAGCAAGGGUUUGUUAUCUGAAAAGAAAUUUCUCUCAGCGUGUUGGAGGCAAACGAGUCAGUAAGACUCAAACCCAUCAAUUCUACGAAACACUGCUCAUAGAAGGUUGUGAUGAUACCAGAUCUAUACAAGUGCCUCUUUUUAUUCACAUGAACACACGGUGCAGAAACAAAGAUCAGACAUCGACAGAUCGACAGGAAACAUGCAACAGAAAAAGAAAUAUCUUCAUAACCAUAGAAAGUAAGUGAAUCAUACAAAACAAAGCAAAUCUCUCGUGCAUGAUUGUGAUGUUCAGCAGCUCCACAAUACUGUUGAAAUAUUCUUCUGCUGAGAUUUAUGAAAUAAACUGAAAAUUGUACAGGAA